UAAAUAAAAUUAAUUAGCAGCCAGUCCGCAGAGAGAAAUCGACAACAAUAUAGAGAUUUGAGCGUCAAUAAAGUGCGGGUGCACACGUCACACUCGCAACACACAUUGACAUUUGCAUAUUAAACACAAUUUAAGUUGCAACUGGACUGUGAAAAGUUGAUAACCACUGAACUCACAACUACAACUACAAAAUACGCAGUAGCAUUAGACAAAGGGUACGGUACCGUAACACUAGUCCGAGUUCGAUUCUGAGUACAGUAAACAGAGACAACAACAAAAAAAAAACAGCGAGUCGAGAGAGAUAACCCAGUGGAAAGCAGACAAAGCAAAAGAGUUGGACGGACAUAGCGUGAUACAAUUAUUUUGCUGGGGCAGCAAAAAAACAUCUGAAAGAGGAAAUCUGAAACGGCGAAACAACAACUUUCAACGAUAUUCGAUAAUACGCCCUAUCUGCGGGCGUCCGUACUAUCCAUUGACCAGUACGGCAGGCGACGGCAAGCUGCUUAGUCAUGGCGCGAGAGGAUGAGGAACGCAUCGUGGACAACGAGGAGGUGUCGCGGCCAGAGGAGGAGGCAGAUCAAACGAUCAUGCCUCGCGAUCGCCGGCAGGAUAAUGAGCUGUCGCUGCCCUCCGGUGGCUGCUGCAUGCCCUCGAGCACCAGCCAUCGCUUCAUGGCCCUGGUGUUCAUGUGUCUGCUCGGCUUUGGCUCGUAUUUCUGUUACGACAAUCCCGGCGCACUGCAGGACGUCUUCAAGCGGGAUCUCCACCUGAGCUCCACUCAGUUUACGCUCAUCUACUCGAUCUACUCGUGGCCCAAUGUGGUCCUGUGCUUCCUGGGAGGAUUUCUGAUCGAUCGCGUGUUUGGAAUACGACUUGGAACGAUUAUUUACAUGCUGAUCCUGCUCGUGGGCCAGGUGAUCUUUGCCAGCGGCGCCCUGCUGAAUGCCUUCUGGCUGAUGAUUUUGGGUCGCUUCAUCUUCGGCAUUGGCGCAGAGUCAUUGGCCGUGGCCCAGAACAGCUAUGCCGUGCUCUGGUUCAAGGGCAAGGAGCUGAACAUGGUCUUUGGACUGCAGCUGUCUGUGGCCCGUUUCGGCAGCACCGUCAACUUCUGGGUGAUGCAGCCCAUCUACAACUACGUCAGCAAGUUCUAUCACGAGAACAGUGCCCUGGGAGUGGUCCUGCUGCUGGCCACACUCACCUGUGUGAUGUCGCUGAUCUGCGCUCUCAUUCUGGGCUUUAUGGACAAGCGGGCGGAGCGGAUUCUGCAGCGGAACAGCAACCCAUCUGGGCAAGUGCCGAAGCUCACCGACAUCUUCACAUUCAAGCCGCCAUUCUGGAUGGUUUCGAUCAUUUGCGUCGCCUACUACGUGGCAAUCUUUCCAUUCAUUGCCCUGGGCCAGAAGUUCUUCAUGGAACGCUUCAACCUGACGCCGUCAGAGGCCAACACUGUGGACUCGCUGGUGUACCUGAUUGCUGCCGUCUCGUCGCCUGUGUUUGGCUUCAUCAUCGACAAGGUGGGACGCAACGUGACCUGGGUGUUUACGGCUACUCUGACCACCAUUGGAGCCCAUGCCCUGUUGACAUUCACGGAUUUGACACCCUACCUGGGCAUGGUCAUUAUGGGCCUGUCCUAUUCCAUGCUGGCUGCCAGCUUGUGGCCCCUGGUGGCCCUCAUCAUUCCGGAGUAUCAACUCGGCACUGCCUACGGCUUUUGCCAGUCCAUUCAGAAUCUCGGCCUGGCCGUCAUCACCAUCCUGGCUGGCAUCAUUGUGGAUCACAGCAACAACGAGCACACAUGGGUGCAGCUCUUCUUCAUGGGUUGGCUGACCGUGGCGCUGAUCGCCACCGCCGUCAUCUGGGCGUACGACAGGAAGCAGAAGGGAAAUCUAAACAUGACGCCACAGCAGCGGGCACAGUAUGUGAGCGCCCAAACCUACCAGCACUUCGAAUAGGCGGCGUCGGACAGUCAGAGCAGAACCAGCA